AUGGACGUGUUCAUGAAGGGCCUGUCCAUGGCCAAGGAGGGCGUCGUGGCCGCCGCUGAGAAAACCAAGCAGGGGGUCACCGAGGCCGCGGAGAAGACUAAGGAGGGCGUCCUCUACGUCGGAAGCAAGACUCGAGAGGGGGUGGUACAAGGAGUGGCCUCAGUGGCUGAAAAAACCAAGGAGCAGGCGUCACAUCUUGGAGGAGCCGUGUUCUCUGGGGCUGGGAACAUUGCAGCAGCCACAGGCCUGGUGAAGAAGGAGGAAUUUCCCACUGAUCUGAAGCCAGAGGAAGUGGCCCAGGAAGCUGCUGAGGAACCACUGAUCGAGCCCCUGAUGGAGCCAGAAGGGGAGAGUUAUGAGGAACCACCCCAGGAGGAGUAUCAGGAGUAUGAGCCAGAGGCGUAGGGGCCCAGGACGGCCCCCCACCAGCAGCACAAUUUCCUCCCUGUCCCCUGCCCCACCCCCCCAGAGCCAGGGCUGUCCUUCUACCCCUUCCCCCCAAACACGAGAUCUUCCUUUGCUCCGAGGGGCUCCCUUGGAGCCUGUGUUGGUGUCUGUCCAUCUGUCUGUCCUACCCGCCCGCGUCCAAUCCUGGGGCGCGGACAGGGCCGGGGCUGUUGCCCCCACGUAUGUUGCCCUCCUCCCCACCGCAUCCCGUCCAACGUCUGCGCGGGUGUAGCAUGUUCUAUGUAUUUUUAAACGAAGAUCAGAAAGCGACGGCUCCCUCCACACAUCCCUGACAGAGACUCUCCGAGGGCCCCCCCGGGCAGCCCAGAGCCCCCCACCCAACUCCCACAACGAUCCCAAGAACGUGUUUUUUUUGUUUUGUUUUGUUUUGUUUUGUUUUUUUAAACCAAAACCAGGAGCCAGGCUGUGCCAUGCCCCCUCCCUCAGCCGGCCCAGUCCGAACGCGGGCGUCGUGUGUCGUGAUUGUGGCAUGGAGAGUCCCCCACCCCCCGUGUGAGCGUGUCCUGGGUGGGCGGGCCCGGGCGCCUCCCCCCUUCGCGUGUCCACGAA